GUUCAGUAAGUCAGGAAACGGGUUUCUAUUGUUCUCAUUGUUUGUAACAAUGAGAACAAUAGAAACCCGUUUCCUGACUUGUUGAACACUCUGUAUAAAUCUUAUAGAAGCUAAUAAUUAUAAUAAAUUGUAAUCCACUAGAAAUAAUACAUUUAGUUUUGAACAAAUGUAUGAUUUAGAUACAGAAAGUGUACAUAAUAAAACGUAUACUACAAUUGUACAAGAGUUUGGCAAAGUAUUUCCAAUAGAUCUGCGUAUAAAAAUUCUGGGGACUCAAGAACUAGACGGAGCGACUCUUAUAAUAAACACAUUAGGAUUAAACAUAACACCUCAAGAGUUUCUGAAAAAAGUUCAACAAAUUGAAGAAAAAGAACUGCCUAAAGUUAAACUAAUGCACGGGGUCGAAGAUUUAGUAACACAUCUUCACUCUAAAGGAAUACCCAUGGCAGUCGCAACAAGCAGUGGAAGACAUAGUUUCGAUUUAAAAACUUCUUGCCAUAAACAUAUUUUUGAUUUAUUCCAUCAUGUAGUUACUGGUCCUACAGAUCCAGAAGUAAAAAAGGGCAAACCAGCGCCAGAUAUAUUUAACGUGUGUGCCUCUAGAUUUGAUGAAAAACCUGAAAAUGUAAAUUGUUUAGUGAUAGAAGAUUCUCCAAAUGGCGUGACAGCAGCCAUUGCAGCUGGUAUGCAAGUAGUCAUGAUACCUGACCCACUAUUACCAAGAGAAUUAACAACUAAUGCUACAAUGGUACUUGACUCACUAGAAGAUUUUGAACCAGAAUGCUUUGGUUUAGCAUCUUACUGAUUAAGUUUGUACCUACAACGUAUGUAAACCUCAGUUAAUCAAUUUGAAAAAUCAAAAGAAUAUAAAAUUUAAGUCAUAAUUCAUUAAAAGACAGUAAAGAGUUGUACAGUUGUAAAAUAAAAAUUAUCUAGAUAAAAUUAUUUCUUGUUUACUAUAGUAUGUAUUUUAAUAAACUCACCUGUAUCUCGUCU